AUGUCGAAUCCCAAUGCGCUGCUCCUCCUUGCCGACCACAUUAAGCUGUCACUCCUCGAGCAGCAGCGUGCCAAGACGCUGAACCUGCGGCGCGACUCACAAGAUGGACACAUCUCUCGCUCCCUGGACCAGUUCCGGGAAGGGCUAGAAACCCUCGAGAAAGAGCAUCAACGACUACAAGACGGAGGCGAUGAUUCCAAAGCCUCCACGCUAGCUGACACCAUCGCCUUGCUGCGCAAGCAGUAUUCCGACCUCUCGUCGCAAUUCCAGGGCAACUCGUCCACCGCGACCGCCUCAACCCUCACCCAUCCCAACGACCCCUCCCUCGCAGCCGAGUUCGCCCACGCUCAAUCCUCCUCCUCCUCCCACCCCCAAACCCAACCAUCACAAUCACCGCCACCCUCCACGCCGAUCGCCCCUCAAACACACACUCAGAAAAAAGCAGUCCGCUUCUCCUCCCCAACCACAGACCUCGAAUCCCAAACCCAACAAACAACCACCACCCCCCGCUCCCACCUCUUCCAGGGCGGACGAUACCGCGACGACCCCGUCCCUGGAGAAGACGACGACACGGCGGGGUACCGCGACGCCAUCGAGGCCUCGGCGCUGAGCAACACGCAGAUCCACGCGUACCACCAGCAGAUCCUGGAGGAGCAGGACGCGCAGCUCGACGCGCUGGGCGCCUCGAUCGCGCGGCAGCGCGAGCUCUCGCUGCAGAUCGGCGACGAGCUGGACGAGCAGGUGCUGAUGCUGGACGAGAGCGAGCGGGCGGCGGACCGGCAGGCCAACGCGCUCAGCCGGGCGCGGCGGCAGGUGGGGCGGAUUGCGCGCGGGGCGGCGCGGAGCGGCGAGGGGAGGCAGAUGGGCGCCAUCAUCGUCUUGAUUAUCGUGCUGGUGCUGCUUAUUGUUAUCUUGAAGUAG